GGCAAUAGCUGGACCAAUGUGCGCAGCCCAAUGAGGCGACCCGCCACCAACUUUGACUCCCAUAUCUAACAUGCCUAACAUGGCACCGACACUCAGAAGUGGUAAGAGGGAAUUAAGCAUGCAGCGAGCGAGCUAUAAACUGCCAGCCCACGUACCACGGCAGCCCCAGCCAUCUACUGGGUGCUGGGGCGGCUGGGGCUGCUGGAGCUGGAUCCUAAGGGCCUGACAACAAUGGAUAAAUAGACGCCUCUAGGCGAGCGAGAUGGGACGUCUCGAGGCGCAAGGAGAAAGAUAGAACGGGGAAAACUUAUGGGUCCGUCCCCCGGAGCUAUCUGAACCAAGGGGAAAUCUUGACGUGAGCCAAGACUUCCAGCAGUGUGGGAAUCAUGUCGUGAAGCCGGGCUGACGAUCACUAGGUUGUCUUUACUAUGGCAGCUGCUGGAGAAGCCAAACCCCUCCGCGAGGCGAGAUGGCUCGUCAACCAUUCUAUUAAUUAGCAUUUAGAUUAGAGCUGCACCCUUGCAGCAAGCAGUGGGGCCACGGGGCUGGAACUUCGGGCGAUAGGCAGCACCAAGGCAAUGUUGCAGCAGGAAGCAGCAUGAGCCUGAGAUCCAUGGAUCCAGAGGACAUGAAACACUGAAGAAACUCAUUGCUGAGUUCUGCAGCUGUAAGAGCAGAUCCGGCGAAGGAGAUCGAGGGUGAAGAAGAGGAGGACGAGGAGGAGGAGGAGUGGCGAAGGGGAGAGACGAGGAAGGCUGCCGAAGUCAAGGAGGGCAAGGAGGGAGGGAGGGAGGGAGAAGGCGGCCAGAGGGGAAAGGGAAAGGUAAGCGAGGCAGGGCAAGACGGGUUGUACGUGGAGCCGGCCAUUGGUGCAGCUGCACAGCAGCCAGUAACCACUACAGGGAAGGAGUUCGGAGCCUGAGGCGAUUUUCUUCAUUAGUUCUCCAUGGAUGGAUCGGAGGACGAUGGCUUCCCGCGUGGCCGAACUCUUUUAGCUCAACUAGAUCUCAUUCUCCUCAGCGAUCCUGCAAUUGAUGAGCUGGGGUUUGUUCAUCCAUCUCAGCUGAGCGGCCUGCACUCCGAUGAUGCUAUGCCAAGUAACUCGCCAUUUUCAAAGAAGACCCCGAGAAGUUUAUCCCACUCAAACAACUCUUCAAAUCCCGAGGAUGAAUCACAUGCCCAUGCGGACUGCUCACGAAAAAGUGAACUUGGGGUGGACGCCUUGGGUGUUAUGGAGGGGACUUCGUUCAAGAAGGAAAGAGCCGGCAGUAAAAUACCAUACGACAGGACAGCGUUUUGGUGCGGUGAACACAAACUUGCCAUCUCAAUGCUGGCCUUGGCGCCUCUGUACAAGUAUGCAAAGGAUGCUUUCACAUCGAGCUCCGCCGAAUAUAGAAAGAUCGGUCGAGCAGAACUGAAUUCGCCCAGUGCACUAGGGACGGUUGAAAAUCAAGAGAGUGUAACGGCGACCUCAAUCACCAGUAAAUGCGGACUAGAGGACAGCCUGAUGAGUUACACUCGAGCUUUGGUUUUGAUCAACUGUGAUCAUGCAAGUGCGUGGAACAUGAGAAAGCGUAUACUUAGCACGAAAACAGCGAAUGAGAUCCUCCUUUCCGCUGAGCUUCGCAUAGCCAGCAUCGUGCUUUCAUGUGCUCCUAAGAGCGAGGAGACGUGGGCUCACAGGCGUUGGUUGAUCAAUCAAAUGAUAAACGGAGGGGUAUCCAGGGUGAAAUUGGAUCUCAUCUUGGAAGGUGAUUCGAAACUUGUAGAAGCUGUGGCAGAGAGGUCUCCAAUGAACUACCGGGCUUGGCGCCAUCGCUGCUGGCUGGUCACGCAAAUGUCGUUCCUACAGAUCGCCAUCGAAUUACACAGGACAAAGUUGUGGGCAAGUACUCACGUCGCUGACAAUUGUUGCUAUCACUAUCGGAGGUCCCUGUUGUUACAACUUCUCAAGUCCAAAGUCCCAGGAAUGGUUCAAAGCAGACCAGUCGCUGCCACCGCGGAGGAGAAGGAACUGGAUAUGAGAGCUUUACGGGUGGCUGUGUUUGACGGCCCUGAAACUCGAUCUUUAUGGAAGGAGGAAGUGGACUGGACCAAAAAGCUAAUUCACCGCUACCUUGGCCGAGAAGCGCUUUGGCUUCAUCUUCGGUUCCUUUUUUAUGGCUGGGUUCUACAUAUUGGACCUGUUUUAUCAAGCCCGCAAGGGAUAUACCCUACGGCUAUCUGUAAGGACUCUGACGAGUCUGGGCAGGAGUGGAACUUGGAGGAAACGUUUCUUUCCAUGGGUAGCGAGCAGCGAUUUGUCAAUAGCUGCAUUUCUGCAGUAAGCAGUAAUCUGACAGAUGAUGCGAACAGGCAGCGAGAGUUUGCAGCCACCUACAAGCUGUGGGUACAAUGGAUGGGUUCCAGACAGCAAAAGGAGAAGAUCGCUGCAAAAAAUGGGAGCCUUUUGGCGGUUCAGCGUGAUGAAUGGAAUAGUGUUGAGAAGCUGCUAAUGGACGUGGUACCUCAUCGCAAGAACUUAUGGGAUGGUCUAUUACCCCUUAUCUAGGGUAUGCGUAUGCUGGGGCUGUUGCUUUUGCACAUGACAUCUGCAUGUGGCAAGGUGAUAGUGAUUAUUUGCACAAUUGAAGGUAAUAUUCUUGCACUCUUGAGAGGGUCCCAUGCUAGAACUAGUAUGGAAUUCAUGUAUAGAGAUAUUUCUGGUAAGCUAAUUAUGCUUCCCACAGUCUUGCACUGAAUUAUAGGCCAGCCUGUAAAUGCCUCGAAGAGUCUGAAAAGCUCACCUGCAGAUGUAUCAAACCAUUCUUUGUAUAAAAUUUUUGUGCUUUAUCGUGCUCCCC